AUGCCCAUCAGCUACCUAAUCCUCUUGUCCCGGCAGGGCAAAGUGCGACUCGCCAAGUGGUUCACCACUCUCUCUCCCAAGGAGAAGGCCAAGAUCAUCAAGGAUGUGACCCAGCUAGUGCUAUCCCGCCGGACGCGGAUGUGCAAUUUCCUCGAAUACAAAGACUCCAAGGUUGUCUAUCGCCGCUAUGCCUCCCUCUUCUUCAUCGCCGGCUGCGCCUCGACGGACAAUGAAUUGAUCACGCUCGAGGUCGUCCACCGCUACGUCGAGCAGAUGGACAAGUACUACGGCAACGUGUGUGAGCUGGAUAUCAUCUUCAAUUUCCAGAAGGCAUAUUUCAUAUUGGACGAGCUAUUAUUAGCGGGUGAGAUGCAGGAAAGCAGCAAGAAGAACGUGCUCCGUUGCAUCAGCCAGCAGGAUAGCCUGGAAGACAUGGAGGUUGAGGAAGAUGUGGUCACCAAGAUCAUGUAG